GUCCCAGAGUCCCAGCGCUGUAGCUGGGAGCCUCCUGGGGCUGAGACAGGCGCAGCUGGUAGCCCAGGCAUGCCGCCUAGCACGGAGUUGACCUCUCUCAGCCGGAGAACAAGGUGGGGAAAGUGAACUCAUGUGAACAGCUGGGGGGUCAGGUAACAGCUGUCGGUGACCUCCUCCCGGGGAUGAGACUGGAUGUGUGUGAAAGUCUGUGGUCACCACCAUGCAGACCUGCAGCCUGUGGGUGAUUCUCUUCUCGUGGACUGCGCUGACCGUUGGUGCUCCCGCUCCUGUCUGUGAUGUGCUCCGAGAGCUGUGGAGGGCCAAAGACCAAUGCCUUGAGGAACUGAAAAAAGAAGAGAGGAACAACUCUGAAAAUGAGCAGCCCAUAUCAGGCUGCCCAGCACUAUGGGACAACAUGAUUUGCUGGCCCUCCUCUUCCACUGGACAGACAGUGAAGGCUGAAUGCCCGAAAUUCCUCCAAAUGGUCACUGGCAAAAAUGGUUCUGUAUUUCGAAACUGUACUCAAGAUGGCUGGUCUGAAACCUUCCUCAGAACGGAUACUGCCUGUGGGUAUGAUGUGAAUGACACCACCAAUGAUGAGCGGCAUUCCUCCUUUUUGAAGCUGAAAGUCGUGUACACUGUGGGCUACAGCACCUCCUUGGUGAUGCUCCUGAUUGCUCUGGGCAUUCUCAUUGCCUUCCGGAAACUCCACUGUACCCGGAACUACAUCCACAUGCACCUGUUUGUAUCCUUCAUCCUGAGGGCCUUGUCCAACCUCAUCAAAGAUGUGGUGCUGUUCUCCUCCAAUGAUGUUGCCCACUGUGAUGACCAUACGGUUGGCUGUAAAACCCUCAUGGUCUUCUUCCAGUAUUGCAUCUUGACCAACUACAGCUGGCUGCUAGUAGAAGGCCUCUAUCUGCAUACUCUUCUGGUCAUCUCCUUCUUCUCAGAAAAGAAGGUUCUCCAAUACUUUAUCAUCUUCGGAUGGGGUUCCCCAGCAGUUUUUGUUAUACCUUGGGCAAUCACUCGGCGCUUUCUGGAAAACAACGGGUGCUGGGACAUUAAUACCAAGCCAUCCAUCUGGUGGAUCAUUCGGGGACCUAUAAGUGUCUCCAUCCUGGUUAACUUCAUCCUUUUUGUGAAUAUUCUAAGGAUUCUAAUGAAAAAGCUCAAAACCCCAGAAAUGAGAGGAAAUGAUAUGAGCCAUUACAAGCGGCUGGCCAAGUCCACCCUUCUGCUCAUCCCCCUAUUUGGUAUCCACUAUAUCAUCUUUGCUCUUUACCCUGAAGAUACCAUGGAGAUAAAGCUGUUUUUUGAGUUGGCACUGGGCUCAUUUCAGGGCUUGGUGGUGGCCAUCCUUUAUUGCUUCCUCAAUGGGGAGGUGCAACUGGAGAUCCAGAGAAAGUGGCGGCAGCGGCACUUGAAUAAUUGGUUUUGGACACGUCCAUCGCUGAGUUCCUCCUUCAGCAGUGGAGCCAGUGGCCUCACCCACCUGACUAAAACCAGCUCAUUGGAGCAGGGCAGAGGAACUGCCUGGAGAGCCAGUGUCAUCUGAGGGACCGGGGGCUAGGAAGAUGGGGAUGGAUUGGUGGGGGGAAUGGAAGCAUCAACAAGCAUUAGAUUGCUCUGGAAAGGUGCAAGGGUCAGUAGGCGUCAAUAGAGAUAGGUUUCUCUGAGAGGUCACCACACUCUAAGAAGCCAUCAAGAUGGCAGAAUACCUUCCAUAGUGACAGUGACAAUUUCCAUGUUCCCAGCCUGGGUACACUUCCUUUUGCUUUUUCCUUUCUUUAAGAGUGCCACUUCCUGAUCUCACUUGAUUACCUCUUUCCCUCAGUUCUUAGUUAGGUUUCUCUGAGAUAGAAGAGGAAUCUCCGAAGCAAAGAAAUUAGAAUUGUCUUGAGCAUGUGCGGAGGAAGAUGGCUGGGAUGGAGGAGAGACUUGAAGACAUGUCAUAGGAAGAAUGAUGGAAGGAUCUGGGUAUUUUCGGGAAAAUAAUUGUUUUCAAAUAUUUGAAGGGCUGUCCCAUGGAAGAGAGAGUAUAUCUGACCAAUGUGUGUGGGUCCAUAGGCAGAACUAAAACCAACUGGUGGAAGUUACAAAUAUACAAAUUUUGGCUCAUUGUAAGAGCUUUUUGGCACAGAUAGCUGUCCAGUAACAGAAUUGGCUGCCUAGUGACAGCUAGAUGACCACUAGACAGAGAUUACAGUAGUGAAAAUUCAUGUACUCAGAAUCAAGUUGGACUGAAUGACCUCUGAGACUCCUUCCCCUCUGGAUUCUGUGAUUUUGUCUGGAGGCAAGGGGAGAGUAAGUUCAGUGGGGAUAGUUGGGACACUAUCCCUUGGUCCCAGUUGGGAUAUUGUAUAUUUGGAAAGGAGAAACUGAAAACCAGCAGGCUGUUACAACGAGGGCUCUAUUUAGUGCUCCACAACUGAAGGGGAAGAGAAGAAAAGGAUGUGUUAAUAAAUCUUGAAAGUGGUAGUGAUUCAUUCUUCAUAGGAAAAAAAGACAUUUUAGGAUACUUGGAGGAAGGAAUUGGGAAUUCCAGGUUUCUUCUUACUCUCUGAGGAAUUUGAACACAAUGGAAAGGCCAGUUCACUUUUACAGACCUCUUUAUCUUUCUCCCCCUCUAUACACAUAGCAGAAGGGUUAGAAAAACCUUUUGAAUCAUGUGAUUCUUCUCCCUAUCCAUUCUCAGCCCUUGCAAAAUAGUGAAAAGAGGUGAACUUAGUCUUUAGCUCUCUUCUGUCUCCUCCCUCUCCUAUACUUUUUUCAAUGUCCCAUGCUACCUUCCUGAGCCACCUACUGUUCUCAUGGUCACCCCACCUCCACACUGUAAUUUACAUGUUUUGUAUUCUGUACCUCACUCUCUCUGGGCUGUCCAAGGUGAUGACUAAUGUAGUAAAUCUAAUAAAAGACAGGUACUGAAGUGGAAAGAGAACUGGACUUUGAUUCAAAGGACAUAGGUUCAAAUCCUUGCUCUGCUACUUAUUAUAAGUAUGUAUGACCUUAAAAAGGUCACUUAACUUCUCCGGUACUCAGUUUUCUCAUAUACAAAAUGUGGAAAUUGGACCAGAAUGGUUUCUAAGCUUUUUUCCAGCUCUAUAUCCUAUGAUCCAAAUAUUAUCCCACCUCCCUUUCUCUGCCGCAUGCUUAAGGAAGAAGGUGAGAAGAGAUUCCUCUCUCCUUCCUUUACCCCCAGGUUUAUGUGUAUGAUUUUUGUGAGGCCAAGGGAGGAGAGAAUGUAUAGAAGGAUGAUGUGGGCAGUGGCUUGAAUGUUAUAGAAGACAAAGGCUGGAAAGAGGCCAUCAGAUUUGAUGAUUCAGAGAUUAUUAGUUAUUACAAAGAGGUGUUUCACUGUAUUUAUACUCACAUAAAUAUAAAAAUGUAUUCAUUUUCAUAGGAGGGAGACAACAUACCUACCUUUCUUGUCUAAGCUUAGAGGAGUGGCUUUAAUGGAUGGGGAUUUUAGGCUAGGUAUAAAAGGAGAGUGGUUUUAAGACUGGUGAGAGAGAUUUGGGAGCAAGAAGGGCUUAUUAUUUCUUAAAACAUACAAUAUGAAUGUAAAUAGAUGCAACCCAUUGCCCAGAAGCUUAAUUCUGGUCUUGCAGUUUGCAGGACUCAGUCCCAGGGGAUGGAGGGGAGGAUGCUUCCCACAAAUCAUUCUUUGGCUCAUGCCCCCAUCCAGUUUCCCCUGAGAAUGUCAGAAUUUGGUUCAUUGUUUCCACCCUACCUAGGGUCAUCCCAGAACAUUAGAAUAUAGGCAUGUCUUUGUCUUUACUGAAAAAGGUAGAAGUACCUCUCAGUUCUCAUAUAAUGAAGCAUCAAUUACAGGACACUUUAUUUCACCCAACACAGAAAUGAGGGCAAGGAAUAGGUUUGCUCCUCCAUGUCAUGGCUCUGUCUCUUGAUGCUCCUUGACUUUGGGUCUUUUUUGGAGCAGGAACUCUUUAUCCUCUUCUCCAGGAAUACUGAUUUAGGAACUCAUUACUCUCCCAAUGCCUCUUUCUGCUGCCAUCUCUGAGGGCCAUUUGGUUUCCAUUCCAGGAGCCCCUUUGCAGCUGCCAUUUGAAUAUGAGGUUCCUUGAGGGUUUGGGGGAAUUGCUUGGCCACGUGGGCUCCCCAUCUACCUACUCUGCAUCUAAGUUCUCAAAAUCAAUAUUUGUUCCCUAGAACUCUCAUAAUUGGAAGAAGACCUUAGAGAUUAUGUACUCUCCUAAUACAUAAUUGUAGAAUGUUCUCAUAGGCAUGAUUAGAGAUGGCAAGACUCAAAAAACAACAAAACUAAAAUUUCAAGAUAAAGGAAAAAGGGCAACAUUACAGAGAGAAAGAGAGAGAGACAAACAGACCCAGGAAAAAAUGCUUGAUGCUGCUCAAGUCAUUUUCUUCCUCCAGAUUUGCAGCCCAUAGGCAUAUUGGAUGUGACCCCCAGAGAUAUAACCGCUUGCCCCAAAUUGAAGCUCUAGGUUUGUACAUGGACCAGCUUCAAUCUUGGCAGGGACAGGGGUUCUUACACACAUGUACUGGAAGGAUCCAAGUUCACUUUGCGUUACUCCUCUUUUCUCUGUGUCUCUCAGCUAUGGUACCUGUCCAUUUCUCCAGAUCUAUUUCUAUUGCCUUUUAGAGCCCAUAUCCAAGAGUAUAGCUCUGACUCACAUGAGUCAUGGCUCAGUUCUCCUCAAUGUAGUAUAAAUGGAUCAAUAAGUCCUGAGGGCCAUGAGUACUCUUUACACCCCGUCGAGGAAAUAGCAUUCAAGUCCCAAAUUUCAUGUCAGUGUUUAUGUGUUAGUGUGUUUCAGAGAGAGACAUCUUCAACCAAGUCCUCAUUCUUCAUCGUGUCAACCUUGACCAAAGCAUUCCUGGUCACGUUGUCUCCACAGGCAUCUCAUAUUAGCCCAGAAGCUCUAAUCUGUGUUUCUCUCCUUCCUUCUUAGAGACUAUAUUCUGAUUGCACUGUAGCCCAUAAAAGUGAAACAAGAACUCUCAGUUAAUCUUCCUGUCACCCUGUCAAAGCCCUACUCAGCAAGUUUUUUAUUAACAGGAGGGAAAAGUUCAUCUCCCUACAAGGCCCAAUGACAUGAGAAGUAGAACCAGAAUUUGAAUACAGGUCCCUUUGACUCAGUCCAGUACUCUUUGCUUCAGUACAUGUGAAUUGUUAGACAUUGUGGUCUUUUAUAGGGUUCUACAACCUAAACAAUACUGCUGACUAGUAACAUUUUCUAAAUUCUCUACUGAGAAUAGCUCAGCUCUUCUGGUCUCUUCAUGGGAUAUCUCUCAAGUUCAAGGUUAGGGAUUGAAAGGAGGUGAGGAGAAGCGUAGAAGUGUACACUUUGGGAAAGUAGGACUGUUUGGGAAGGGCACUAAUAUGACUGGCAGGUUGGGGCCUGGAUUCUAAUUUUAGCCAACACGAAUUUGCUGUGUGACUUUGGACAAAUUGCUUCAACAAUCUGGGUUUCAAUUUCAUUGGUCAAAUUGGGAAAGUAUCUUCUUUCCCUCCGAGAGGGGUUGUAAGGAUCAGAGAGCAUUUUAUUUUAAAA